AUGACCACAAAUCUUCGAAAGCGACCUUUGGAUGCAUCUGCUGCUGAAAAAUUGGAAGUGAUUUAUGAUGCGAUAGACGCCAUACUCAAAAAGACAAUGUCUCGGUAUUCCUUUCAACGAGUUCAUCAUUCCGUUUUUCAAAUGUGUCAGGGACAACAUAGCAGCGUUCUGUUUGAACGCGUGGAAGAAGUUCUUUCGACUCAGGUGACGAAUAUUAGAGAUCGUCUGCUGAGAGCACCAGAACAAACCUUUUUGUGUGACCUCAACACGGAAUGGGAAGAUUUUAGGCUUGCAGUUAGUCGUAUCAGUGAGGCCUUAUUGUAUCUCAAUAACAACUAUACGAGUCGUAGACAGACGAUUCCCCAGAUGGGUGAUAAUCUUUUUUGUAUGGCAGUACUGAAGAAUAAUGACCUUUCGAAUGCGUUUGCUAAAUGCGUUGGGAAAAUUCUUACCGCUGAUAUGGAUUCGAGGAAUGCACUCAAAGAGCUGAGUGCGAGGCUGCGCGAAUUAUACAAGGAUACACUUUAUGAACCACUUAUGGAGGAUCCGCUUAUUGGUCUGUUAACAGAUUGCUACAGAAAGAAAAUGGAAGUAGAACUGAAGAGGCUGGAUACGGUCCAGUAUCUCAUGUGGACGUCAGGUACAAUUGAGGAGGUACGAUCCGAUGUCUCUGAAUUAGUGGGGCGAGAUACUGGCCAACGAGUCGAGCAUAUUCUUGGAUUAUUGCUAAUAAAAGAAAACACAGAGAAACUUCUUUACACUGAUUCUGUUGGUGGCGCGUCCAUGGUUAGAAACAUGGAUAAAAAGUCUUUAAGGUCUCUAGGAGAGGCUUUAGAGAGGGUCAAUGAAUCAGAGGCCUUUUUUGAUAUGAUAGUUGCCACUGCAAAGAGAAUGGGAUCUGAAAUUUUAGGCUUUACUGACCAUGUGCCUCCUGUUUUGGCUGUAGAAAAAGUCCUGGAAUUACGGUAUAAACUGGAAGAAUUGGUUUUAACAUUACCUGGUGUUGGGACUGAUGACCGAUCACCUGUUUCUCGAGCUCUUAGGGAGAUUGUCAAUGAUAAUCCUGGUUUCGCUGAGAAACUUGCGUACUACUACGACGCAAAAAUUAGGUUGCGACCACCGGAUGAAGCACUCAAACAAAUUGCGUUUGACACCUUUAGUCUAUUUCGCCUUAUUCGAUCAAAAGAUACUUUUGAACACGUGUUAAAAGUAUUACUUGCAGGAAGGCUGAUUUACUCUAAGCCUGAAGAGUCUCUCUCUCACGAAACUUAUCUGAUCGAGUACCUUCGAAAUGAAUGUGGAGACUCGGUCGUUAAUCAUCUCGAGACUAUGAUCAAAGAUGGAAGAAUGAGGACAGAGAUCAACCGACUGUUUUUUCGUUCUCUUUCAACAGAGGCAAAUUUUUCAUGGAGUUUUAAUGCUUUUGUCAUAACUGCUGGUGUUUGGCCACAAUACAGUAACGUAAUGGUCAGUCUUCCAGAGAGUAUGCAGCGAUGUAUGCAUUUGUUCAAGUCUUACUACCUUCGCCGUCAUAAUGGCCGAAAACUUUGCUUUAAUACAAACCUUGGUACAGUUCAUUUUGAAUUGAAUCAUGGGAAAACAUAUGAAAUUGUUGCACCAACAGCUUUUGCGAGCACAAUUCUUUGUUUUCAAGACCUUACUGAUGAUCAACGUUUGACACUGCAGGAGAUAUGCCAGACAACGGAACUACUAGAAAAUGAUGCCCUGAGUCACUUGGAAUCUCUUUCUCAGAUGGGAUUGAUCACCGCUGAGGAUAGCAGCGGGGUUUCACAGUACAUGUUUAAUCACGAUUUCACUCAUCCAAAAACCAAACUUCGCCUGCGAACAGCAAACACAACUAAAAGUUUUGACGAUAGCAUGGAGCCUCGAGCUCAUCGUGAGUCACUGGAGACGUCACAUUCAGUGAACAUUGAAGCGGUUUUGGUGCAUAUUAUGAAGACCAAAAAAACGAUGAACCACGCUGAAUUGUGUGCUCGCGUCACAGGGUCUCUCCAACGGACGGGGUACGUGCCUGCGAUGGCCGAUAUUAAACAGAGUUUGGAGGCCCUCAUGGGAAAGGGACUCAUAGCUCGAGGAAAUCGUCCUGAAACAUACAUAUAUGAGAGCUAA